AGUUAAGUCAACUGAAUAUUCAAAAAUUUGUAGUGUGAUGCAAUCUUAAUUGUGUGAUAUGACCAACCUUAAGUGUAAUGCGUAAUCUGAAUGUGACCUCUAGGAUUUUUUAUCUUUCUCAUUAUUUUCUAUUUUCCCUCUCUUCUAAACUAUAUUCUUAAUCUCUUUUCAUGUUCACGUGCAUUAUUCAUAGCCUCUUCUUACCUUCAAACAACCUUAAAUUCCUAAAUCCACCAACUUUCCAACCUUUCCUGCAUCAAAAAUGUUCAGAGCAGAAUCAUAACCCGUAAUGAUUAUACACAUCAAGUUUCUUAAAAAAGUGACAUGAACAACUACAUAAGAAUUUAGUUUCAAGAAUAAGCUGAGGUUCUUUCACUAGUUCUCUUGCAUACUGCCCAUAGUCUAGUUAUAUAGAAAAAGUUACAAUGAAGUUGAAACUUUCAACUUGACAAAAGGGUACUGACCUUGAAGCCGUAUCACACUCUCAAAAAGCAAGAAUACUAAUUAUGCAUGUACAUAUGAACAAAUGUUGUACUUCUUUUGUAUGAAUGCACGGAUGUAUGAAUGAAUGAAUGAAUGAAUGAAUAAUGAAGAUAAAAAGGAAUGAAUGUACCUAUGAAUAAAUGAAUGAAUGAAGU